CGUGUGACGUCGAGCCGAGGCUCUGGCUGUUUAUUGUUCCUUCCUCAGCACGGACAGAGAGAAACGGGCUAACAGUCUGUCAGCCACUUUCUUCACACGGUAACGUUCGAUUUUACGAAGGUGUAACGGGCUAGACAGCUAACUGCACAAACCAGGGGUCAUGGCGUAUGCGUACCUCUUCAAAUACAUCAUCAUCGGAGACACGGGUGUGGGAAAGUCAUGUCUAUUACUACAGUUCACAGACAAGAGGUUUCAGCCAGUUCACGACCUCACCAUCGGUGUGGAAUUCGGCGCGAGGAUGAUCACUAUAGAUGGCAAACAGAUCAAAUUGCAAAUCUGGGAUACGGCUGGUCAGGAGUCGUUCCGGUCCAUCACCAGGUCUUACUACAGAGGAGCGGCAGGAGCACUCCUAGUCUAUGACAUCACAAGAAGGGACACUUUCAACCACUUGACGACCUGGUUAGAGGAUGCCCGCCAACAUUCCAACUCCAAUAUGGUCAUCAUGCUCAUUGGCAACAAGAGUGACCUGGAGUCAAGGAGAGAGGUGAAGAAAGAGGAAGGUGAAGCAUUUGCCAGAGAACAUGGACUCAUAUUCAUGGAGACCUCAGCUAAGACUGCCUCUAAUGUAGAGGAGGCUUUCAUCAACACAGCCAAGGAGAUCUAUGAGAAGAUCCAGGAGGGAGUGUUUGAUAUCAACAAUGAGGCUAACGGUAUUAAGAUUGGACCCCAGCAUCCCACCACCAACUCCACACUGUCCAAUACCCAGGGAGGCCACCAGGCUGGAGGGGGCUGCUGCUGAAGCCCCAGAACGCGCCUCCUUAACCUCCAGCCUCAACCCUUCCUCCUCCUCGCCUGCUCCGACCCUCUUGCAUUUCUACAGAAAUGUCCAGGCUCUCUUAACAGUUUAACCUCUCUCUCUCUCUCUGUCUCUCUCCUGCUGCAUUUUUUUCGCUGCAUCUCAUCUCCCCCGAGUCUCUUAACCAUUUUCAUGAGGUCUAGGAGCUGCACCCCAACCAGUCAUCCUGCAGGUUUACGAGGACAGAGUCCGCCUCACCUGCAGAUGUGCCCACCUAAUUUGUAGUUUUUCCUCAGUAGAUUUUGGUUAGACACCUAUCGGAGUGUUAUUCCAGCAGUUCCUCUGAAUUCUUUUGGGUGUUGUUGGGAUGAUUCAGUGCCGCAGGAUCGCAAAGCUCUGCGGUGAGUUGACUUUGUCAAGAUGGAGACAUGACCGAGGGUAGACGUGAAACACUCUUAACUGGCUGGUUAUAUGGAAUAAAGCGGGCGCUGUGUUUUGUCUAUACACACAUCUGUACAUGUUUUUAAAGACCGUGUUGAUAGCAGGACAUGUUUCAACACGCUGAGUCAGUUUUCAUUCUGUGCCUGUGUGUAUAGGGAUGAUACAAGUAUUCCACUGUCAGUCUGUGAGGUGGGGGAGGCUCCAAGUCGUUCUGUAUUUUGUCCAUAAAAAAAUGUGCAAAUCAUGUCCUUUUUGUCCUUCCUUUUCCCUGCUUUUUGUCCUUGUUCUCUCUCUGUCCUUGUGCCCUUUUUGUUCAUUUGCAGAUGAUUUGUAUUACUGAACACUAAAAACUGCUUACAGUGUUUUAAACCACAUGGAGAGAGAAUAAAAGACCAAACUGUU